AUGUCGUUCCUCUCCGGCCUUUGCGGCUGCAUCUCUCGCGACCAUGCUUCCCCGCACUCAUCAUCUCAACCUGAGAUGCAAAGCACCAGACAACACCAGAGAAAUACCAACAACGGUGUUCAAACUGGUCGCUUCACCCUCUCCGGCGAGGGCGUGUUCAUCCGCGCUGAAGGUGCCAGCGAGCAGGAUUGGCACGGACCCCCGCCGGCUGACUCCGACGGAGGCUAUGCCAGCGUGGUCCCUCUUCCACAGUACACGCCACGACCGAUGAGCAUUCAAGAGAAGACUCUCGAAGGGAACAUGCGUGAUCCUCCGAUCUCCUCGGACUCCAAUCCAUAUCCCGCAGACGAGAAGAACCGCAACCUCUACGAUGAGGAUGUGAGCUCUGAUGGCGCUUCUACUUUCUCUUAUCCCAGUAGCUAUGGUAAUACAUCGACUGCGACCAGGGAGACUCCGCCGCCGCCUUACUCACCUCGUCACUCAGCUAUGCUAUCGCGGUCCAGAUCUUUCUCUAUCUCAUCGGCUAUGGCCGUGACCAUCAAUCCUCCGCCUAUGGCAAGGGUGCAUGGUGGCCAUGGCGGCCGAACGACUGCACCUUCUUCUGAAGCGGACGAUGUUUCUAUCCGUCGUCAUCGGAGGGUCUCGUGGGAGAGCCGAUAA